UAUUGUCUCGUUUCCUGUGGCCAUGCAAGUCGCCGUCCAGCCCAUGCACACACACAUACACACUCACAAAUCAACGCGAUGGUGAACAUACUCCAACAAGCGCGGAAAGCUGCGAGCUGGAUGUGAUACACUAUCGUUUCGUCGAUCCUGGCUGGAGAAUUUUGGGAAGUUGUGACUAGCAAGAUUAACGGAAAUAUUUAAAUUUUCAAGUAGCCUUUUGCGAUGUUCGAUUUCUAAAGAUAGAGAACUUUAACUUUUCACAGCAUCUAUGUUUGGAAAUAACCGAUGACAUCGAGUUCGGGAAACAAUUAUGGAAUUAAACAUCUGAUAUAGCCUAGAUCUUCUUCAUUUGAUAAGACGCGGUAGACCUUUCCGGUUGUAUUGAGCUGAUAACGCCAGGCGACAACGAGGAGCCUUGGAGUGUGUGUCUCUGCGCAUUUGGGAUUUGUAUUGUGGUUGUGUGUGUGUGACCGCCGCAAUGGCCCGGAAAAGGCUCGCCAGGUGGACGCCCCACUGACACCGUACCCCACCCGCUCCACCAGACCAAACCCCGCCCGCCCCUGCCUGUCCUUCUGACCCGAGGAGAGGGGACGGCCUUCCUCCCCACACGACCCCGCCAUGGCCAGCCUGGUGCUCAACGAGACGGGUAUGGAGGACUGCGGCAUCGACGACUCCUUCAAGUACGACCUGUACUCGGUGGUGUACAGCGUGGUGUUCGUGUUGGGUCUGGUCACCAACUGCGGCGCCCUCUUCGUCUUCUGCUUCCGUAUGAAGCUCCGGAACGAGACCACGCUGUUCAUGACCAACCUGGCGCUGUCCGACCUGGUGUUCGUCUUCACCCUCCCCUUCAAGGUGUUCUACAACGUCAACCGCCAUUGGCCGUUCGGGGACGGCCUGUGCAAGGUGUCCGGCACGGCCUUCAUCACCAACAUCUACGGCAGCAUGCUGUUCCUCACCUGCAUCAGCGUGGACCGCUUCCUCGCCAUCGUCUACCCCUUCCGCUCGCGCUCGGUGCGCACGCGCCGGAACGCGGCGCUGGUGUGCGCCGCUGUGUGGCUGACCAUCGUGGGCGGAGGGAUCUCCGUCACGUUCUUCUCCACCAUCAACCGGGCGAACAGGGCCACGGCUUGCUUCGAGGGCUUCUCCAAGAGCACCUGGAGGACCUAUCUGUCCAAGAUCACCAUAUUCAUCGAGAUCGUUGGUUUCCUGCUUCCUCUCCUCAUCAACCUGGUGUGCUCCUCCAUGGUGCUCCGCACACUGCGCCGCCCCGUGACUGUGGCCCACGGCUGCGACAGCAAGCGUCGCGUCCUGCGGAUGAUCCUGGUCCACCUCGCCAUCUUCAUCAUCUGCUUUGUGCCCUACAACUCCAUCCUCUUCCUCUACGCCCUGGUGCGCACCCAGGCUCUCGCCAGCUGCGCCGUGGAGCGUUUCGCCCGCACCCUCUACCCCAUCACCCUGUGUCUGGCCACCCUCAACUGCUGCUUGGAUCCCGUGGUGUACUACUUCACCUCAGAGAGCUUCCAGAAGAGUCUAACCACGGGGUCCAAGAGCCCGGGUGCGCGUCAGGAGAGCAACCCGCGGAGUGACACGCACCUGAGCAGCGACGCCGAGACCAACAACCUCAGUACGCUCACCAGGGACACGUGUCGUGACGCAAACGCACUGGCCAGCAACGGCAAAGAGACAGACGUGUCAGAGACCCAGUUCUGACAGCAGGGGGACAGUGUCGAGUCCACAGGAAGUUCUGUUUAUGACCCCUUCAAGGAAAUAAGGGGGGAAGAGAAAGAGAAUACGAAAAGGACAAGAGGGGUACUGGAAGAGAGACCAAGAAGACAGGUGUCAACGGAAAGAGAAUGCAGACACAUACAAAGAGGAUAGGUCGGAACCAAUUUUGAGGGACUCGAGGUCUUCACCUUGAACUUGGGCCUCACUUGAGAAACAGGGCGAUCAGCAGUUUGGUCCUGGAAGUGAUAAACACAUAACUGAGCAGAUUAGCUAAAUUAGCUGAGGUAAAUCUUAAAAUACGGCAUGGGCUUUAGGGAUUAACCACAAUAGGAGAGGAAUGUGUGUAUAAGUGUGUACGUGCGAGUGUGACUGAAUAGGACAGAAUAUUGGGGAACCCAGCCUCACAUCCCUAGACACCCAGAAAGACUCACACAUCUGCAUCGUUCUGAUGGACCAGAGACUUUGACACUAUUAUACUCAGGCUAAACACACAAUACUAAAACAUACACAGGUGCAUGCACGCACAGACACAGACUGACACACACACACACACAAACAAAUGCACUGUAAUUAAGACCUUUUGAGAUUUUGUAACUGUUCCUUAAUGAGUGUAGUGCUGUUAAACACUGUUGUAAGUCUGCUGAAACAAUGCUGUUGCUGUAGUUGCUGUUGUGUUGUUCUAUAUAACCUUUAAGCCUGAGACUGUUUAGUGAGGCGAACGGUUCCACUAAUGUUGUUACACAGCAGCUCCUAAACCCGCUGAGUUGACUGGGUUUUGCACUGUCUGUUUGCAGCCUGACUGAGGCCAUUAAAACCCUGUUCCAAA